CCGGAGGCUGUGCUGCAUUUCCCUUCGGGGACUACCUCCCAACCGCCGCAGGAUACAGGCUGGGGGGCCACUCACGCGUCUGACAGGAAAUGACGUAGCUGCUCUGCCGACAAAUGGGGAGGAACGCCGCGCCAAAUCAAGUCCCCCUCCGAAAAAUAAAACUUGAUCCCGCAUCCUCAGGUAGGAGAACAGAGAGAAGCCGUAGAGUAGCCCAGCGCGUGUGUAUUGUCCAAGACUGCCAGAGGAGACGUGCGCCGCUGUCAGCCGGUCCUUGUCGAUUGCGUUUGUUCCUCAAAUGAGUGACUCGCAAGAGCCACCCCCAACGCGGUGGAGCGUGUGAAAGGACCCUCCCUGGCCCGGGCCCUCCUCUCAUUUCGGCCCUUCUCGCCCUCUACCCCUUGCCUGCGCGAACUGCAGAAUCAGCCAGGUGUCACAGAUGCCUUUGGACCAUGCUGAAGGAUGGCAGUGUUCAUUUGCAGAGUCCGAUACAUUGGUUGCCUAAGUACUGACCCGGUCCUUCAGGGUCGUGUGUGAACAGCUUCAGCAUCACCCGUGCGUGGGUCAUUGCCAAGGGAUACUGGUGCUCUGUCCUGGUGCGGGCGGGAUACUUGUGCUUUGUGGACGGCAGACGUUCUUCUUCUUCUUCAAGCACUUGUGUUCUUCGUACUGCUGUAUUUGUGGUGCUGAUGAAGCGUUUGCGUCGCUAUAGUUAGUGCUGCCGCCAGGACUGAUCUGGGCGAUAAACCCCAUGGAGAGGUUAAUGAUGAGGUCAUCGCCAAGUAACUACAAUGACAUGAAGAUGAAGCUGCUACAAGAACCUGGUGUUUUGGAGUUCCGUGACUCGGACAUGAUGUACGCCGACCCUGGAGGUCAAGUGGGAUCGUACGGCACGGGCUCCAUGCAGGAUGAUAUCUACGCCGCCGCCGUUGGUUCCAGCCAGAUUAACGCCAUGUUGGAACUCCACCACACCAACACGCAGGGAAUCAAUCAAACUCAAGACCAGGAGCCCAAGAAGAAACAUGCCAAUGGCCGAGCGACGUCCUCCAACCAAAAUUCUUUACUCCUCAACUGUACUGAUGCUGAGAAUGACGGCUCCGAAAACGGUCAUGGUGGCGUGAACCAGCUGGGCGGCGUUUUUGUGAACGGUCGUCCACUGCCCGACGUCGUGCGACAGCGAAUCGUUGAACUGGCCCAUCAAGGGGUACGACCUUGCGACAUCUCGCGGCAGCUGCGUGUCUCGCACGGAUGCGUCUCCAAGAUCCUCGGACGGUACUACGAGACGGGAUCGAUUCGACCGGGGGUGAUCGGCGGGAGCAAGCCCAAGGUGGCGACGCCCAAGGUGGUGGAUGCCAUCGCCAACUACAAGAAGCAGAAUCCGACCAUGUUCGCCUGGGAGAUCCGGGACCGACUCCUCGCUGAUGGCGUUUGCGAUCAGGACAACAUCCCCAGCGUCAGCUCCAUCAACAGGAUCGUGCGGAACAAGGCAGCCGAGAAGGCGAAGCACCACCACGUGUCGUCGAACGGUGGCAGCCCCCAGGCUCCACCGCCGCAACAGCCCUCGCCCAACGCUACCUCUGUCAUCACACACGCUCCGGCCUCCGUAACUCCAAACACGCACGGCGCCGACAGCGUCGUAGCUGCCGCGGCGUUGCACCGGCCAUCCUACUCCAUCAACGGCAUCUUGGGCAUCCCCAGUGCCGAAGCCGCCAAGCGAAAGCGAGAAGACGUCUCAGGGGUACACGGUGAUACGACAAGAGAUCUCAACGGAGAACACGGUCUCCACGACGAAGAAGUUAAACGGUCAAGAACGCAAUACAAUGGCGACCAGAUCUACUCUAACCUAAGUCCGAACCUGCUGAUGGAGCGUCCAUCGUUCCAGACCUGGUCAAAAUGGUCCAAACAGGACGAUCUCAAGAACAGCAUAGCUGACCUGCCAACAAGUAACGGCUCCCCGUACCUACAACAGCAAGCUUUCGAGCAGGCCUUCAGUCCCGUAGUCUCGUCGGCAGAUAAGCAACAGCAUCAGCAAGAAUACGACGUCGCCAUGACAACGAUCAACUCACAAUCCACGGCUGUCUACUCUCCACCGUUAGGCAGCAAUUCCCUCACGCCGCUCACACCGAUCAGCAUGCAAGAGGUGAAGUCCAUCGUCAACUCCGGAGCUCCCUCCCUCCUCGAAACUAGUCCCAAUCCUCACUCCUACAACCCAGUUGUGGGCAGCAGCGGCGGCUGUGAGGGUUUGCCGCCGGUUGGCGGAAGUCACUCGCCGGCCAAGGCGGAGUCCUUGUCCUCGCUCACUAUGCUCCAGCCAGUGCAGAACUCCAUCCCGGGCUACGGAUCCAGCUUCGCGCAGUUCGCAGGCAAGUGCCUACCAGCGGAACCUUCCUCCUGCACUCCUCCCGGCUUGCACCAUACUGACGUGACAGGAACAGCAGUUGCAAGCUCAGCCGUGGCGGGUAUUCCUGCCACAGACUACGCGUACCCAUCCCCCUACACGCAGUAUCCCACUGCAGCCGCCUACGGAGCGUAUGGUUAUGGAUCCAGUGGAAUCAUCAACCCGUCCUAUUACUACGCCCACAGCGCUAGGUCAACAACGGCGGGGACUGGUCUAACCACAGCUGGUCCGCUCAGUCCAAACAGCUACAAGGGAGAUCGUUGCUGACACAAUGACGCCUUUUAAGUUUCAAGCAUGGGCUUUCCGACGUCAUGACCGAUGACCCUGAACGGGUCAUUCGAACGAACUGUGUCUGCAACGUCAUGCCUGACUGGGAGUCUUGGCCAAAUACCGGUGACCUCCACCCCAGAAAUCUCCAAAUCAUCGCACACUCCAUCGGGGCUUGACCAGCUGCUAUGAAAGUCGCCGCAUAAACCACCAAAGAUAUUGAAGAGACAUCUUCAGACACACACAGACUUUUCCGACAACCUUUUGCGAACAAGUGGACUAUACUACUGGAUAUUCGAACGAACACUUCGCGAAGUGGCAACUCGUGUUGAACAUCAUGUUAUAGAGACUUCACAGGUUGAUCACCCCCCCUUCUUCAGAGUGAGUGCAACGGCAGUGUGUAAACAUGGUGCUUCACUGUCAUUCGUCAUAUGUCUUUAGUUCACCAUUUCAGCGUGCAAUGGCUUUCGUUCGAACGAGAUUUCGCGCGGAGUCGUCUGAACACGUCAAUCCAUCGUUAAAAAAUGAAGAAAAGAAACCGCCGUUGCUAAUACUAUGGUGAACUAGAAGUAGUUCACCGACAAAGUUGUCGGUAACAGUGAAGCAUGUUGCCAACGAGACAUCUCCCGAUUUGUCGCGAGCUGGACACAAUUAAUUAAUUAAUUGGACAGAAAAUUAGUUGGUGACAGAACCACGUCAGCCGCGCCCUUCUGGAAGAUCUCUCGUUGACGGAACAAGCUGUGGGAGCCAAUGCUUUCAUGGCCAUUAUACAAUGAAGCGAGAUGAAUUUUUGUUCAGUGAAAGCACAACAAAACGGUUGCGAAGCUAGUGAGAUUUGCUCAAGUGAGUUUUACGUUUCUUUCAUUUUGUGUGUCUCUAACUGUGACUGAUCCCCAGACUUUUUUUUGUUUUUUUGGGGGGGAGGGUUCACAGUGUAGUAAAGAAAUGACCAGUUUCUUUAUCUUUUUUUUUUCUUUUGAUGUGAAAAAUAACGUAUUUAUCUAUCGAAAUGAGUCAGUCGCAAGCGAACCUCUGCGGUCCCACAUGUAUAGCUCAGAUCACUGUAUAGUUCAUACACAUAUAUUUAGUUGUAUUCCUUGCGAUGUAUAAUAUUAUUCGUAAACUAAUUUAUCACAGAAUCCACUCGAUGGGGUUCCCAGAGCAAACAUUCACCAACGAUGACUGUGUUCCUUGUGUGAGAGAGAGGUGUGAGUGAGGUGUUAUGCAUUAAAAAAAAAGUAGAAAUAUAGACUCUUUCAUUGCGCCACUGUUUCGCAUGUCUUCGUUUCGUUUUCUCUCUUACGAGUUCUUGUUUUAGACGAGAACGAAUUUUUUUAAAUUUCUGCUUUUAUUAUUUUUAAAAACUUUUAUUUCUGCCACAAAGAGGAGCAACGCCUGAUAAUUCAGCGUAGUUUUUUUUUUUUUCGUUUUUCUGUCAUGUUUCUUGGUUGGCAACAGUCGCCUGAAAUACUGUGGCAGAUUCAGUUCCCAACAGGUAAACUCUGCGGGUUAGAGCCACAACAAAUGCAAACUGAUUACACAUAAUGACUUAGCGAAAGCAAUAAGCACAUUAAAAUGCAUUAUUACCAGGAAAUAUAGUACGGGUUCUCCUAAAAUUUCCAUUAAAAUUCUCAUAAAAAGUUACGGGGUACGUUCUGUUUAUGUCUUUGAGUCAUUAUGUUCACCAAUGCUGAAGAGAAGAAAUCAUGUCUCCUGUCUUCCUGCAUUCUUGGUAGAUGAGAAACAAACAGAGCUCCCUUUGUGGCAACACCGGUGCUUUAUGAGUGUUUUGAGUUGAUCUCCGAAGUAGAAAUCCUGUGGAUUACGAGGGUGUGCAGCCAUUCCCAGCUGGUUUUCGAAUGAGUGAAUGUUAUGAUGCUAUCGUAAGAAAUGACGAACAUAAGAGAUACGCUAGCAGUGUCCAAGUGAAGGAGGAAGAUCUCUGUUUGUGCGCCUGCUGGAAUUACAACACACAUAACAAAAUUAUUAUUAUUAUUAUUAUUAUUAUUAGCAAAGCGGAAAUGUUAUGGAACAGACAUUUUUGCACCCACGAAUUAUGUUACUUAGCAAGUAUUUAUAUCAAGCUGUAAGCUUUCAGUUUACCUCGAGUGCUUCCAACAAAUUUUGCUACUUAAUUUUGUGAAAUGACGAUUUCUAUUGACUUCGUUGUGUCGUUCAUGUUUGGCGAACUGUGAACGCAAGAAGAAAGUAGUGCGGUCAAACAGACUACUCAUUUGAUAAGGUAAUAUCGAAAAGUGUAGAAAACAAUGGGCGUACUGCCAUCAUUCCUGCCGCAUUUUGAGGCUGCAAAAAAGAAAAAAGAAAGAACCUGUCAGCAUUGAACGUUGGAUUCAAUGAAUCGCUGCCGUAUGAUAUUGCUGGUUACAUUGUAGGACAAUGUGCAGUGUUAUUUCCGUGAUACUUUAAUGUGCUGAGAUUUUGUUGAUACAUUUGUGUUGAAUGAGAGUAUGCAUGAUAGUGUGUCGUGACGUGUGUGACAUUCAUUGCGACGACGAUGAGGAAAAUAAAACUCACCAGAUGUAUAAAUGCACC